AUGGUCGUCCUAGCUGCUGGCCGGGUACAGAGGACGCUAGAGCCCUGCCAGCUGUGGCUGCGGGUUUUAGGCAAAGGAGGAGCAGACCAGCGCGGGCGAGCUGUGCUCGAGGCGGCUGGGGCACGGGGCAGAAGGUUGACGGUGUCUGAGCAGCUCCUGCGGGUGCCACGUACUGUUCGACAAUGGACUCUUACCCAGGAGACCCAGGACCUGUAUUUCCAGUUUCAGCUGGAGGAUAGAAUAAAAGAUGACGCAAUCAAAAUGGAACGACCCUACAAGAUCUUUUUCAAAGAUCUCUUCCUUUUCAAGGAAAAUGAAAUGGCUGCAAAGAGAAAGGAAAGACUCAUGAGCCGCAGCAUGAAAAUCUACCAAAAGACUACGUUUUCAUCUCGCAUGAAAAGUCGCUCGCACCUUGGCCAGCUGGCUUUUUAUGCUGAAGCAGGUGGCGGCUCCUAUGACAGUCUGGGGCUAGAUCCUACUCUUAUCCUCAGACUGACAGAAGGUGCAGACAGAAAAAGGACUGUGCACGAGUUUAUUAAUGACCAGAGAGACAGAUUUCUACUUGAGUAUGCAGUGUUAACCAAGAAAAACACAAUUCAGAAGUUUGAAAAACUCAUAUCCGUGAAAGAAAAUCAACUCAAGAAAGCCGAGAAAAAGCUCCAAGCUGACGCGAUGUCCUUUGAAGAGUUCCUUCGGGAAAAUGACCAGAGAUCUGUAGAUGCUCUUAAAAUGGCAGCACAAGAAACAAUAAACAAAAUCCAAAUGACAACAGAGCUCAAGAAAGCGAGCAUGGAAGUGCAGGCAAUAAAGAGUGAAAUAGCCAAAACGGAAUUCCUCCUCAAGGAGUACAUGAAAUACGGAUUUUUCCUGCUGAAGUUGUCCCCAAAACAGUGGCAAGUGCAACAAUCACAAAAACGAGCUCAGGCAUCAAAGAGUAACGCCAUUCUCCCAAGAAUCUUAGAAAGAAUCCUGUGCCAAACGGUAAUACAGUACCACAGCCAGGACAUCGGCGUUGGCCCAGUGAGUCGGGCUGACAGCAUGGCCGCCUCAGAGGACAGUUUGGAGUUCUUUAUGGAGGAUGAGCCGCUGGAGUUCGAUCUGAUGCCGGAGAUUUACUUCAAGGAGCCAGAAGAGUUGCUGCAGGUCCUUACAGAGCUGGAGGAACAGAAUCUCACUUUGGUUCAGUAUUCCCAAGACGUGGAUGAGAAUCUCGAAGAUGUCAACAAAAGAGAAAAGUUUAUCCAAGAUAAGAUAAACAACAACAUUGAGUUUCUGCUGGAGCACAAGCAGAUGCUUAAGGCCAACUGUGAGCGAGAGGAGGAAAAGGCGGCGGAAUUGGAGCUGAGGUCCAGGCUCUUCAGUUUUGGAGAAUUCAAUUCGGAUGCUCAGGAAAAGCUGAUAGACUCACUUAGUAAAAAGAUCAAUCAAGUGUACAGAGUCUGCAUCGGAGAUGCUGAGGUUGGCAGCCUGAAUGCAGUUCAGAAGCUGGUCAAAGUAGAGUCUCGCCUGGUGGAACUCAGUGACCUCAUUGAAUCCAUUCCCAAAGAAAACGUGGAAGCAAUCGAAAGGAUCAAACAGAAGGAGCGACGGCAAAAGUUGCGUGAAGAGAAGAUGAGAGAAAAGCAGAAACACCAAGAAGAGCGGCUCAGAGCUGCUCUGGAAAGAGCAGUAGCACAACCCAAGAAGAAGCUGGGAAGACGACUGAUCUACCGUUCAAAACCUCCAUCUGCUACCAAACAUGAGCUACUCUUAGUCAGUGAUAUAAGAACAAAAUCACAGGAGGAAGAGUAUUUUUUUAGUUGAACAGGAGCAUGAAGACAUUUAAUUAGCAAAUGUUUUAUGUGAAUGCUGCUGGCAUUCAGUGAUGUAAGACUAUCCUAACAAAUUCCAGGAAGGCAGACCUUUACGCUGAGGUUUAUAGAAGUAGGAAUGACAAUUGUUUUCUU